AUGUAACAAAAAUUGUAAAAAUCUAACUAUUUCUUAGAACUGAUUUGAGCAGUAUUUUUUAGAGAUUAAUGAGAGACCUUAGAUUUCUCGUAAAGAAAUACAAACCAAAAGAGCAAUUUGAAGAUUACCCGAAACCGAAAGAACUGAUUAGAUAAAAUCUAAGUUGGUGA